AAACUACCGUUAAAUGUUUCUGCGACAAACAAAACUGCGAGGAUUCGUUAAUUUGUACUGGCGAAUUAUGCUUAAUUGGAUUUCGAAACGAAGGUACUCAGGCACAUUUAGAGCAGUUAUGUAGCAGUACAGGGGACAUACGGGAUUUGUCGAAAUGUCAGCAAAACUGGAAUGGAUGGCAGGAGGUAUGUGUGUGUGAAGAAAAUUUUUGCAACACAUUUGCGUACUUGCGUGGUUCCAUUGAAGAAGAAAAUGGUCACGCAACGGAGGUUUUGAAAUCGCCCGCAUUUCACGAGGAUGGCUCAACGUUGGAUCAGACGCGGAGGCGUUCUGGCAGUAAUUUGAUCGUUUUGUUAGUGAUUAUUCCUUUAUCUAUUGGCGCUCUUGCUGUUUGCCUUAUUUUUAUCAACUACCACUGCAAGAUGUGCU